CUCUUCAUUUACAAUCACAAAAAUCUCUCUCUCUCUCUCUCUUCUCUCCUUUCUCAAUCCUGUGUUAUAUAAAGAGCGAGGUACCUACUACCUUCCUUGCUGGCUUCUCUAGCAAAAUGGGUCGAUCGCCGUGCUGUGACAAGGUGGGCUUGAAGAAAGGACCUUGGACACCUGAGGAAGAUCAAAAACUCUUAGCUUAUAUUGAAGAACAUGGUCAUGGAAGCUGGCGUGCGUUGCCAGCAAAAGCAGGUCUUCAAAGAUGUGGAAAGAGCUGCAGGCUUAGAUGGACUAAUUAUCUGAGACCUGAUAUUAAGAGAGGGAAGUUUAGUUUGCAAGAAGAACAAACCAUUAUUCAGCUCCAUGCUCUCUUAGGCAACAGGUGGUCGGCUAUAGCAACUCACUUGCCAAAAAGAACAGAUAAUGAGAUCAAGAACUACUGGAAUACGCAUCUUAAGAAAAGGUUAGCCAAAAUGGGGAUUGAUCCGGUGACCCACAAGCCAAAAAAUGAUGCCUUGCUAUCCAGUGACGGUCAAUCCAAGAAUGCAGCAAAUCUUAGCCACAUGGCUCAAUGGGAGAGUGCCCGGCUCGAAGCCGAGGCUAGGUUGGUUAGAGAAUCCAAGCUACGUUCACAUUCCUUUCAGGAGCAGCUCAGUCCUACAGGGUAUGUUUCUGGUUCAGGCUCUGGCUCAGUUUCAGCUUCUGCAUCUACUUCAGCCCAGCCGCAACAGUGUGUUGAUGUACUAAAAGCAUGGAAUGGUGGAUGGUCUAAGUCGAGUGAAGGUGGCAAUGGUCUUAACACAACUGGAAUUGGAGGUGAUCAUCACCUUGAGUCUCCAACAUCUACCCUUACUUUCUCAGAAAAUGCACCGCCACUGAUCAUGAACUCUUCAGGAACUGGAGGAGAAAAUUCUAUUCCUAUGAUCGAGUUGGUUGGAACUUCAGGAUCAUCAGAGACAGGAAUUAUCAAAGAGGAAGGUGAACAUGAUUGGAAAAACCUUCGAAAUUCAAGUCAUCAUUAUCAUCACCAUCAUCUUAUGCAUGAGAAUACAGUUUCUUUGACAUCGAGUCUUCACCAUCCUGACAUGACAAUUUCUAUGGAAGGUCCAUGGACUCCAGAGUUUCUGAAGUUAAGCAGCAGUCAUAUUCAUGUAGGAAAUGUGGACAUUGAAGAAGGUUUCACUAGUCUCCUGCUCAAUGAUUCCGGUGAAAGGAGUUUGUCGGACAGUGGUAAGGACUCAGAUAAUAGUGGUGGCAGCGGCAACGACUGUUAUGAAGAUAACAAGAAUUACUGGAAUAGCAUUCUUUACAAUUUGGUGAAUUCUUCUCCCACAGAUUCGCCAAUGUUCUAAGAAUAAAUAUUGCCGCAAAAGCAUCUUCAUGUUCUUGCUGGAAGAAGUCAUGCACAAGAAGAUAUGAUGGUAUUUGGAGCUAUCACUUCUCCACCAAAGUGUAAUCAAAUUGAUUUUUCUUUUUCAACUACUUCCCAUUAUUCUCUGAUUGUCAUUAAAAAGUGAUUAUAUAUACUAUAGGAAAAUGUUUUCCAGAAGGGUAUUGGACGUUGCUUCCAAUUCAUGUGUGUUCUAAUGAUAUAUUCAAAUCUGAGUUCACAAAAAUUGAUUGUGGAAGUCCCCAUGUCGAUUGCCUCUCUCUUGCAUGUGAAGUGUUAAUAGCUAGCCCUUGGUUG